UAAUCUGGCCAGUAGUACUGAGUACUAAUGUCACGCUACACGACACAUUACUCGUUAACAUAUUGGCCAGCAAUCUGAAUUAACUCCUAUUUCCCCCAUUUAUCAAAAAUGAUUAACCAAUUCCCACGCAUACCCUUUAUUAUUUGUGACGUAAUAAGUACAUAGAUAAUUUAAAAAUUGUAGUGAUAAGAUGGUAACAUCAAAAAGAAGAGAUCAUCUAACCUAUCUGAUGUUUAUUUAUUUAUUACUUGUAAAAUACUCUAUUUUAAACCGGGAUAGUUAUUUAUUUGAUAGUGUAUGAUACUGUUUUAAAAUUAGAAUGUCUACAGAUGCUUGGGAAGAAAUUCAGGCUAUUAAAAGUAAAAGAAAUAGCCUACGUGAAAGAUUAGAAAAACGUAAAAAAGCACGUCAAGAAUUACUGGGCUCGAGUUUGGGGUCUCCUUCUACGGUGGGAAUAGUUGAUACUUCUUCCACAAUUUUUACCUCCCCUACAAAAGUAGUUAUAGAAUCAGAACAGAAACUUGAUGAAAAAGAAGAUUUACUUAAGUUCAGUCCUGAAUUGGAAAGAGAGUUGCUAAGACAAUUAAGUGAAGUAACUCUUCAAUUGCCAAUUUUUUCUUCAGAAUUACUCACACCAUUUAAACUUAUUUGUAGUGACAGAGAUAAUACUCAUCGUAAAAUAUGUAAUUUAUUAGAAAAAUUUGCUAUACAAAAACUAAUUACAUUAAAACCAACAUCAAAAGAUGGUGUAGAUGUAUUAGAAGUGACUCACAUAGAUGUUUCAAAAGUGAAUGCUAUUAUUAUUGAUGGCUCUGAAGUUAAAUGUGAUAUAACUAAAGAGGAUUUGAAAAGAAAGAGAGAUGAUUCGCCAGAGAAAAAUUCAGAACUCGAAGAAGAUAAGCGUAAAAAAGAAAAGAAGGAACCGAAGGCAGAUAUUUUGUCGUUGUUAUCUAUGCCUUCAACAAAAGAAAAAGAAAGUAAAAAAUUGGGUGAAGAAAUUUUAGAUUUACUAAGUAAACCAACAGCAAAAGAACGAUCUUUAACUGAACGUUUCAAAUCUCAAGGAGGUAAACAACUUAUGGAGUUUUGUCCGCAUGGUACAAGAGUAGAUUGUGAAAGAAAUGGAACCGUGGAAUGCAAGAAAUUACAUUUCAAAAAAAUUCUACAAAAACAUACAGACGAAUCAUUGGGGGAUUGUUCUUUCCUUAACACUUGUUUUCACAUGGAUACUUGUAAAUAUGUACAUUAUGAAGUUGAUCGAGCCGGAAAAUCAGAUGAUUCACCAAAUAUUUUGAGUGGACCAGUAGUUAGAGUAGAAAGUACGACUCUCUAUCCACCUCAAUGGGUUCAGUGUGAUUUGAGAUAUUUGGAUAUGACAGUAUUAGGUAAAUUUGCAGUGAUAAUGGCAGAUCCACCAUGGGAUAUUCAUAUGGAACUUCCAUAUGGUACAAUGUCAGAUGAUGAAAUGAGACAAUUGGGUAUACCACAAUUGCAAGAUGAAGGACUCAUAUUUCUUUGGGUCACAGGAAGGGCGAUGGAAUUAGGAAGGGAAUGUCUUCAACUAUGGGGUUAUGAAAGGGUAGACGAAAUAAUAUGGGUUAAAACCAAUCAGUUGCAACGUAUCAUAAGGACAGGGCGAACCGGUCAUUGGUUAAAUCAUGGUAAAGAACAUUGUUUAGUUGGAAUGAAAGGAAAUCCUCCAAAUUUAAAUAGAGGCUUAGAUUCAGAUGUUAUUGUAGCUGAAGUUAGAGCAACCAGUCACAAACCCGAUGAAAUUUAUGGAAUGAUUGAAAGACUCUCGCCUGGUACUAAGAAAAUCGAAUUAUUUGGUAGACCUCAUAAUAUUCAACCUAAUUGGAUAACGUUAGGGAACCAAGUAGAUGGUAUUCGAUUGGUGGAUCCUGUUUUGAUAGAAAAUUUUCGAAAAAGAUAUCCAACAGGAAAUUGCAUGGCUCCACCUCCUGAAAAUACACACGUUUAAUGGCUCAAAAUAUCGAUUUCUUUUUAUAAUUUGCUUUCUUAACAUGUCUAUAAUACUGUAAUAAAGUGAUUUUAAAAGUU